CUCUUCUCCGCCGCUGCGCGUCCGCAGGCGCAGCCAGGGGAGCCUCCGCCGCGGCACUGUCUGAUAGACCUCGCGCUGGGCGCCCUGCACGCCAGCAGAGGGAGCCUGUUGCGCUGCUCCUCCGCCUCCGAGGCGCGCGACUGCAUCACGGGCUACCUUGCCUCCCUGCUCGACCCCGCCGACAUGGUGGCGCUCAUCGCGGACGCGGAGCGCGACGUCUGGGCAGGGCCGCUCGGGGUGGUCUCGCCGCCCGUGCACGCGAUGACCUUCGACAGGACGCGGCUCUUGUGGGCCCAAUACUUCAGGCAGUUCGAGAAGCAGGACGCUGCCGUGCGCGGCUUCCUCGCCAGCCUGAAGUCGCUUGCCACCUCGGGCAGCUCGUCGCCGAGCCAGGGGGCUGCCCAGGGCACGCCCGGGCAGCAGCCGGCCGUCGCGGCCACGAUCCUCGGAUUCCUCCGCGAGCUGCACCAGAGGUGCCUGGAGCAGCAGGGGCCGGCGGCCCACGCGGGCAUGCUGCGCCGCACGCCCGAGAAGCUCUGCGAGGAGCUCGGCCCCAGGGAGGGCCCGGGCCUCGUGGGGCAGGCCUGGAGCCUGGCCGCCCGGGCCGCCGAGGAGUACUUCCGCACCGCGCAGGGCCAGCAGGAGCACCUGCGGCGGUGCACCUCGACGCCAGACUGGGUGCGGACUCCGCCCCGGUGCCGCGGCGAGCCCCAGGCGUUGACCCGCGCGGUCUGGGAGGAGUGCAUGAGGCAGGCCGUGCAGAAGCACAAGGGGGCGUUCGACGGCGGGGUCGUGCUCGCGCUGUUCGAGGCGUUCCAUCACCCGAGGGAUUUGGAGAUCAGCCUGAACGAGGUGUGCGCCGCAGUGGUGUGCGCCUCCUCCGCCACGGUGGCCGAGAAGGCGGAGGCCCUCUUCGGGCUCUACGGCACCGCGCAGUCUGUGAACGACAUGUUCCACGUCGUCCCGAUGUCCGUCAGCUCCGCUGCUGUCAUCGAGGGGCUCGAGGGCAACAGGAGGCUGGCCGCCGUGGAUACCGAUGCCAGGCAGCAGUUCCCGGCGCCGGCGAAUGACGACGACAUCGCGGGCAUGGCGCUCCACUUCCGGCUCUACGGCUCCAACCGCAGGGGCCGGGACACCGAUUCCCUGCUGGGGCACGUCUUCGUGCCCUCCCUGCACGACUUCUCCUGGAGCGGCGUCGGCAUCGACCGGCCCAGGACGUUCCCGAUCUGGGGCGAGAGGGUCCCGAUCCCGGUCGGCACGACCCAGUUCAUCAGCAGUGGCAGGAGCGGCAGCUCGGCACGCCCCCUCGUGGGCGAGGCGAAGAUGGCGAUCAAGUGGAUGCCGUCGGAUCCGGACGGCUCGUGCGUGGGGCAGAUUGGGAUCCACCUGUUCUCGGUGAGCUUCACGGCCCGGGAGCUCAGUGCGCAGGAAAAGAACCCGAGCCUCCGGGUGGUGACGCACGACGAGGCGGGGGGUGAGGUCAAGAUCGAGCGGUGGGACCCACGGAAGGGCCUGACACGGGUAGCGGGCACCCUGAAGGACAUGGCCUUGACGAAUGUGUACGGCGGCCACAUCGAGUUCUCCCCCACCAUGUGGUGGGACACCCUGGGCGCUCUGCACACCUACCACGACGGGCGCGGGGACCAGGGCUGGAGGGAGGCCGAGCGCUCGUGGGUGUGGAGCCGCAAGAUGGGGGACCAGUACUCCGUCCAGGGCAUGCGGCUUCCAGAGAAGUUUGUGCUCCCAGAAGAGCACCGUGCGUCCAAGGAGGGAAGGUCGUGUGCAUCGUCUGAUCCUAACGUCAUUUCCUUGCAAGCCUGCAGGCUGCUGACCCAGACCAUCCUCCUGCGAGGCUACCACUGCGUCACCAAUCGCCAGGCGGCCCUCAUCUCCGACAUGACCUUCAGCCGUGCUGGUGCAGUGCCGGGCCUGCUCGACGCGGUGUUGGUCCCAGGGGAGAUCGGCGGGCAUUCAGACUUCGAGCAGGCCCGGCAGGACGGCAGGUGCACGGACGUGAAGUACAGCAUGAUCUACACGCACGAGCUGCAGGUGACCGUCGCCGCUGGGUCUUUGAGCCUCUUUCCGCCGCGCGACGGGGGCUCGCUGACGCUGCAGCACCUCAACAUCCAAGAUCCCUAUCCGGGCAGCGCGAAGGUCCUCUGGAUCCGCUUCGCGCGCGCAGGUGACGGCCGGCGCGCCACCGUUCAGAUCCCCGUCAGCCCGGUGGGGUACUUGACCUUGCCGCCACCAGAUGAGAUUGACGUCGACAUGCCUGAGCGCGCCGUAGUUCAGGCCAGCGGGGGCGGUAAGCCCUUGGAUACCGCCGCCACGCAGAUGUCCGUCACGAAGUCAGAGUUCGUGAACUGUGUGCUUGCGAGCCCACUGCUCAGCGAGACGCUGCGGCGCAUGACUAUGGUAGACGAUAGCCCAGACUCAGACGCACCCAGCGCGACGCCUACGCGUGCAGGCGUGGCCGUCAAUCUGCAUGUAACGAUAGACGAUCCAGACCAAGAUCAGGAGCAGCAAGAGUUCAUGGAUGCGCUCGAGCUCCGCCAGGGGAUCCUCCUCGAGGUGUGGGACAGCGACGGCCUGUCGUCCCGCUCGGACCUGCUGGGGGAGUGCUGGCUCCCGCAGCUGAGCCGCUUUGGCCCCGAGCCGCAGGUCCUCGAUCUGAUGCUGGAGAAGCCCCCAGACGUGACCGAUGCAACGAGUACGCGUCCGGACCCCCACAAGCAGCUCGACGAGAGCAUCGUGGUGAAAGGCUCGUUGAAGGUGGAGGUCACAUGGAAGUUCCCCCUGGCAGAGCCCGAGCAGCCUGACGGUGCCGGGGCCAACCUCUCGCGCGAAGAGCUCGCGAAGCGCCGGGCGCUGAUGCACUCCGGCACCUGCACACUGAAGAUCCUCGAGGCCCGAAGGUUGCGCAGUGCCGACGUUGGCACCUUCAACCGGCCAGGAAAGAGCGACCCCUACGUCUGCGUCUACGUGCGGAACGAGGCCUUCGGUGCUGACGAGCAGGACUUGAAGCGCGGGUUCGGCAAGGGUGGGUGGCACGUGAGCGACACGCGGCCGCACCAGUGGAAGCCGCUCAUGCAGACCAAGGUGGUGAAGGACAACAACAACCCGGUGUGGAAGGACGAGGAGAAGACCUUCGAUCUGCAGACCGGUGGCUUCGAGAGGCGGACCAAACGCACUCGCACGCUGACCCACCCUGUCACGAAGCGCGGGCGCCAGCUGAAGCAGGACCAGGAGCACCUCUCGGCGGUGGGAAAGAGCAGCGAGAACGAUCUGGAUGUUUAUUUCGAGAGUUCUAUCAGCCAGCGGGAUGAGGCGGACGAGGAUGAUGAUGAGGACCGGGGUCGUCGCCACGGCUUCAGAGUGUUCCGAGGUGACACCAUUUUCUCCUUCAAGGACAAGCUGCGGGAGGCGUGCAUGGCGGAGAGCGACCACGAGGAAAGACACUCUUUCAGGACGCGGUACGAGAGCGCAGCCAAGUCCAUCUCCGCUCAGCACGUGGUGAUGGUAUUCGUCCCCCCAGACAACCUGCGCAGCCUGAAGCAGAGGCGCCAGGAGCUCAACUACAAGAGGCAGCUGCAGCUAGAGCUUCAAGACCCUUCCAAUUGGCAGCCGCUGGAUGACCUCAAGACCUUCGGCCAGUACGCAACAUCUUUCGGCUUCGGCCCCGAGGGGGAACACCAGAGGCUCAUGGUCCGGGAGGGCAGCGAGGACCUGAAGAACAAGAACCUGCGCUACCGCCAGUUCGCAGAGCAGCGCCGGCGCCUGGUCGAGCCCGUCGGCACGACCGACACCGAGGCGGAGUGCUUCGGCUACGCCCUGUGCUUCCACGAGCGGGACGGUGGCUCGCGGGAGUGGCGGCAGGCGCUCAUCCGGCGCCCCGAGCAGCCGGGCGCCCCGCCCCGCGCCUCCCUGCUGUGCCCGCUGGAGGGCGGCGCCUCCGCCGCCGCCCCGCCCCAGGGCGCCGCAGGCGCCGAGCUGGUGCUGCCGGCGCCCGCCGAGCCGAGGAUCUUCGACUUCAGCGUGCCCGGGCACGCGGAGUUCCUGGCGUUGGCCCCGGCGCUGCAGGCGCAGGGCAAGAGCGAGAGAGAGAUCCUCGAAGAGUUGAACAAGGCGCAGCGCGAGAAGUGGAUGCGGGCGAAGAGCCAGGCGGGCCCCGGCGCCGGCAGAGCGAGGCCGAGGGCGACAGGCCAGGAGCCCGGCCGGGAGCCGGGCCAGGCGCCGGGCCCGGAGCCCGACGGGCCGCAGCGGAAGCAGCCGCCGAGGCCCGUGGACAUCACCGCGCGCGAGGUGCGCGCUGCCCUCCGGCGCGGUGGCCUCGGGUGAGCCCGGAGGCGGCUGGAGGUUGGGCACGGACACCACGGCGUGACCUACGAGUAGGACGUAGGCACACGCUGCAGGUGCAGUUUGCUUUGCAAUGCCUCUCCGUGCUCUCCUCCUGCUGCUUUCCCUCCAUCCUCUCCCUCCUCCUCCUCCUGGCCCUCCUGCCUGCCGCUCCUCCUCCUCCCCCCUUUGUGUCGCUCCCGUGCUGGGGGCCCGUUGCGCGACGAAGGGGCCGGGCAAUAGUCCUGCCGCCCCUGGCCACGUGUCCGGCCAGGUAAUUCGAGUGGCCCUCUCGCCCUCCCUGUUCUCGUCUCCCCUGGCCCUAUCUUCCUUUGUUCUCGACCUCUCGUCCUGUCCCUUUCUCUCACCUCUUCUCGCUACUGGCAUUGUCUCAUGCCCUUCUGGGCCUGUAUGCCCUCCCGGGCUUGUGAAGCUGCAGCCGAAGUUGCCGCGGUACCCAGAGCUGUUCGGCAACACGGUGCGCAAACAUGAA